UAUUCAUAGCUCUACAACAUAGAUCUGCAGCUCGAUCUCCUUAAUUCCUAGCUGAAUCUCCCAUGGCUGCCACCGAAGAUCCAGUUGUUCCAAUCGAGGAUGAGGCGGAACAGCCAGCAGUCGAGGAUGCUGCCAUUCCCAAGGAGGAGAAUCCGCCGCCGAAAUCCACCAAGGCGAGGAAGGCGGCUGUCCCAAAGGAGAAGAAGGUUCCGGCACCGAGGAAGCGCAUAUCUCCCUCCCACCCUCCCUACUUCGAUAUGAUUAAGGAGGCGAUCGUGGCGUUGAAGGAGAGGACUGGAUCGAGCCAGUACGCGAUUCAGAAGUUCAUCGAGGAGAAGCAGAAUUUUCUGCCGUUGAAUUUCAGGAAGAUUUUGCUGAUUCAGCUGAGGAAGCUCGUCGAGAAUGACAAGCUCGUGAAGAUGAAGAACUCGUAUAAAUUGCCGUCAGCUCGUGCUUCCAGAACCGCCGCCGCUGCGCCCACCACUGCGGCGCCUGCUAAGAAGAAGCCUGCUUCUUCUGCAAAGCCUAAGGCCGCGCCGAAGGCUGCUGCUGCUGCGAAGGGGAAGAAGACUGCGGCGAAACCUAAGCCGAAGGCUAAAGCUGCCCCUGCGAAAGCGAAGACUGCACCUGCAACGAAGGCCAAGUCGGUUGCCAAGGCCAAGCCUGCGGCGAAGCCAAAAGCUGCAGCUCCUGCUAAGGCGAAGGCGGCGCCGAAGAGGAAGGCACCGGAGAAGCCUAAGGCUGAGAAGAAACCGCCUGCUAAAGCGUCCAGAACUUCCACCAGAACAACUCCGAGGAAGGUGGUUGCGGCUGCAGCUGCUAAGAAAGCUCCGCCGGCGAAGAAGGGGAAGAAGUAGAAGAUGAGGGAGGGGUAGUUUCGGUAAAAAAAAGGUGUUUGUUUGGAUAGUAUUGUAAAUUGACAUUGGGUUCUUUUGCUUAUAGAACGGAUUCUUUUUCUUUUUUA